GUCCUCGUGCGCUUAAUUUCCGCGACUUCCCACACAGUGAAGUUGCGUCCAGCGCAAGCAGUUUGCUGCAUAGUCCACACGGUGUUCUGACAGUGCUCUCAGACUGUCCGUCGCGGUCCCGAAUUGUGGAAGUCGCGACUCUCGCUCAGCUUAGGUUUGUCCGUUGAAUCGCAGCGGAUAUCGAUCUAUCCGCGAGGAACAACCGGAUUGUCUGGCUCGACCUCCAACUGCUGCCAGUUCAAUCCACGUCGCUCUUGAAGAAUGGAGGCAUUCAGCGGCGAUGCUUUUAAUGUGCCCGACUCGACGGACUGGCUCGGGACGCCGCUUGCAUGCCUUAUGCAGCUUGAACAAGCUUUCCGCUGUCACGUCUGCAAAGAUUUCUACAACUCGCCCAUGAUCACAUCAUGCAACCAUACGUUUUGCUCCAUAUGCAUCCGGCGGUGUUUAUCGGUCGACGGCAAAUGCCCGCUGUGUCGGGCCUCGGACCAGGAAUCCAAGUUACGGGGGAAUUGGGCGUUGCGGGAGGCUGUGGACGCCUUCGUCCAGUCGCGCGAUGUCGUACUUCAACUCGCAAAAACUCCGGUCGAAAGCGCCACGUUGAGUUCGCCCAAACGGAAAGCGAUAGAUCUAGAUGAGCAAAUGGAGGAUCAACCGGAAACCAAAAGACCCAGGAUGACCACGAGGUCAAGCAAGGCGAAAGCGGCAGAGGCGACUGCCGCGAUUGUGCGUGAAGAGGUCGACGUGGCGGAGAGUGAAGAGACAGCAGAUUACGAGCCAGAACUAGAUGACGGCCUCGUGGCAUGUCCGAUAUGCUGGUCGCGGAUGAAGCCCUGGCAAGUUGACAGACACCUUGACACCAACUGCCCGGGUUCCCCUCAGCCCAAAGCGGCGUCAUCAUCUACGGCGAACAGCCGCGGAGGCAGCAGCUUCGGCACAGCUCGGCCUCCAUUUCAGAACCCGCCGACACCGACGAAGCCGCCAGAGCGACUUCCGGCGCUAGCAUAUUCCAUGCUCAAAGACACGGCGCUCCGCAAAAAGAUGGCCGAGCUGGGGCUCUCUACACAGGGUUCACGGCAGAUGCUGGAGAAGAGGCACCAGGAGUGGGUCACUAUAUGGAACGCCAACUGCGACUCGGCACGGCCCAAAAAGCGCUCCGAGCUAUUGCAUGACCUGGAGGUGUGGGAACGGACGAUAGGCACACGGGCGCCGACCAUGUCACGCUCGGCCAACUUGGGCGCCCAGAUCAAAGACAAGGAUUUUGACGGGGCUGCGUGGGCUGCAAAACAUGACACAUCCUUCAAGGAUCUCAUUGCCAAAGCGCGCAGUUCGAAGAACAAGGUUCAUCAAAAGGGGGACGAGGUUAGCAAAUCCGAGGAAAGUUCGGCGACGCCCGACUCAGGGCGAAGCGACGGAGACCGGAUGGGUUUGCCAUCACCAGUGCCAGAGCUACCAAAACCAAAAGCAAACGUGGUUGAUCUCACGGGCCUACCACCAUCCAGCCAGCCGGAGCCGCCUGACUCGCCGACGGAGGCCGGACAACAGCUCACACAGACAAGACAUCCGGAGAACGGGCUGCCUCAUCUCUUCCAAGUGGAGAGCAUAGUUAAUCAUAAUUCGUCGGGGGAGGCAGAGGGCACACGCUCAUGAAACCAUG